CCCACCCUCUGAGGAAGGGACGGGGUUAGGGGGUCUGCCUGAGCCUGCCCACAGCAAAUGUCUUCUGUGUGAACUUGUGUAGCUGUUAGAUAGUCUUAGUCCUCUCUGACAGCUGACUUCUCCUUUGGCUUUUCUGCUUGUUGGUGUUCUGAAGACUGAACGAUGAGGGUGUGGAUUGUCUUCCUCCUGUGCCUAGCUGGUCAGGCAUUCACCGCUUCCAUUACUGAGGAGGAGCCCAUCAUUGAUGAUGUCGGUGAGGAGGCACAGCCAGAGGUGGGGGUCAACCCGGUGCAGGUAGAGACUGGAGACUUCGACGAGGCCAUCGAUGUCGAGGAGGAGGAGGAGGUCACCGCUGAGAGCCCCUGCUUGAACCACCACUGCAAGAAGGGAAAGGUGUGUGAGGUGGAUGAGGAGAACACCCCCAUGUGUGUCUGCCAGGACCCAACUACCUGCCCAAGUGCUGUUGGAGAGUUUGAGCAUGUUUGCGCCACCGACAACACAACCUACGACUCUUCCUGCCACUUCUUUGCCCACAAGUGCAGUCUGGAGGGAACCAAGAAGGGCCACAAACUGCACCUAGACUACAUCGGGCCAUGCAAAUUCAUCGAGGCCUGCAUGGAUGCUGAGCUGAAUGAGUUCCCCCUGCGUAUGAGGGACUGGCUGAAGAACGUUCUGGUCACCCUGUACGAGCGCGAUGAGGAGAACAACCUGCUGACUGAGAAGCAGAAGCUCAGAGUGAGGAAGAUCUACGAGAACGAGAAGAGACUGCAGGCUGGAGAGCACUCCCUGGACCUGCUGGCCCACGACUUUGAGAAGAACUACAACAUGUACAUUUUCCCCGUCCACUGGCAGUUCGGUCAGCUGGACCAGCACCCCGUCGAUGGGUUCCUGUCCCACACAGAGCUGGCCCCCCUGCGCGCCCCUCUCAUCCCCAUGGAGCACUGCACCACUCGUUUCUUCGAGCAGUGCGACGCUGACAAUGACAAGUACAUCGCCCUGGAGGAGUGGGCCAACUGCUUCAGCAUCAAGGAGCAGGAUGUCGACCAGGACCUUGUCAUCUAAGCUCAUCAGCUGACCUACAGUAUGAAAACGAGUCUCUAUCGGGACGAGGUGCUCAGCUGAUCGCUAAAUUAGAGGAACACAGUAACGGUGCUAACUACAACUAAUUAACGACCAACCGACACCACUAAAAUUGCUGAAAAAGACAUAUGCACAGUCUGAACUAACAAAUCACAAAACGUGAUCAUGAUACUAUUUUUUUUCUUCUUGUUUCUGCAAAUAAAAAAAAUCCUUUUUAACCAGAUAGAUUAGAGGAGGUAACAGAAAGAUGCCUUUUUGACGGGAGAAAGAUGUAAAUGUAUGUUGAAUGGAUUGUGAUAAUGGUUGUUCACAACAUGUAUAUUGUGUUCACGUGAUCAGGGCUUGGAUUUAAUAACAUCAAAUAGAACAUUCUUUGGAGGAUACAAGUUUUGUAAAAAUCUUUAAAAAAAAAUAAAGUUUCUAAAUAAAUGCUUCUUUCAUUUGCUUUUUUUUUUUCAAAAUAUUUUUGUUGUUUUGGUGUCCUCACUCAUUUUGUCAUCUUCGUUGUUUUGUUUGACUCUUGACUACUGCUUAAAUUAAGGCCUGACUAUCCUCAGGUUUGUUUUCUUACAUAGAUCCUGCCACACAACAAGGGCAUAAGUGUACUGAAAAAAAGGAUUGAGAAUAAAAGGAAAUAUUGUUUCAACUCUACGAGGGAAACGUCUCGCAGGUUGACCGUUCUUCUUUAGCAUGUUUACUGACAUUCUUCUACUUUGUGACAUUGUGUGACCAACAAUAGAUCUCUUUCCUUAAAUAAAAGUUACUGGAAUGUCCAACACUGCU